UUUUAAAUCUUUGUUUUGAUAAAUUUGGCGAACUCUAAGUCUCACAAUGUUGAGGCAAUUUUUGUGAAAAUAUCAUUUUGGCAGAGGUCGUUUGUGUGAGAUCAAACGCUCAUCCUACAGAAUGAGUAUUUUUAUAACCAGAUUUGCUAAAAUUCCGACAAGACGAGUGCUCAGGACAAGAUUCUUCUGCAAUCAAAGGUCUGCCUUGGAGAAAAGCAACACUGAAAAAGUGCUAGAGAUUCCAGGAUGCUUCCAUUUCCACGCAAAUUUUGACCAAGAACUGCAAAGAAAAAUUGUGGAAUCAAUGCUAAUUUAUCCAGAUUUUAUCACACAAUUAGAGGAAGAGACGAUUUACGCUGAAAUUCAGCCGUACUUGAAGAGACUUCGAUACGAAUUUGACCACUGGGAUGAUGCAAUCCACGGCUAUCGAGAAACGGAAAAGCUAAACUGGAAUGAGUCAAAUUCUAAAAUAAUCGAGCGCCUUCGAAAAAUCGCCUUUCCGCCUGGAACAGCACAACUAGCUCACGUCCACGUUUUAGACUUGGACGCCAAAGGUGUAAUAAAACCUCAUAUUGAUAGCGUCCGAUUUUGCGGAAGCACCAUUGCGGGCAUAAGUUUGCUUUCUAGUUCUGUGAUGAGGCUUGUGAACGACAAGAGAAAAGACCAGGUCGUGGAUAUUUUCUUGAAACAACGUUCACUCUAUAUUAUGAAAAACGACUCGCGUUACGACUACACACAUGAAAUUUUGGGUGAACAGGAUUCUAUUUUCAAAGGAGAGAAGAUCCCUCGAACAAGACGGAUAUCUGUGAUAUGUAGGAAUGAGCCAUCAGCAGAACAUGAAUCAUAGUAAGAGCAAUAGUCUUCUAGUCCUUUAAUUUGUCUGCUCAAAUAAAUUAUUAAACUCGCGAUGCCUAACGCGACAAAAGUCAUGACGGUUUUUUCCUGCAAUUAAAACUUCAGUGUUAAUCGCAUUAAAUUAAAUUUCAUGAUCACCUUUAAAAUUAACAUUGCAGUGGUCAUGUGCCAAUUGCCAAUAUCUCUUUCUCAAAACGUAGGCUGCCAUUUUUGGCUGACGGUUCCUCGUAAAGACGCCCUUCAUGCAGCCAGUCGGCCGUAUUAUCUCUGAAAUUGAGAAUUUAAUUUUAAUAUUAUCUAUUUAAUAAUUAAUUUUUUCUACCUUGAGGUGUAAGAAAGUCAGCAAAAUUCCAGACCAUUUCCCCCAUCAACAUGUCCCACUUGUACAAUUUAUCAAAAGCACCAAAAUGCUGGUACAAAGCUUGUGCCUCAAAAUCUUCCGUCCACAUUGCGCUUGGAAGCUAAGAAUUUAAAGUAAUGAUUUAGAUUUUUGAACUUUUAUUUUCUUUCACUGAAUGAAAUCCCGACAGAGCACCCGCACCGUACUCAGUCAAAAUGACCGGCUUUCCGAAUUUAAUAUGCCAGUUUUUAAUUUCUGAAAUGGUCUGUCGUUCGAUUAACUCAAGGUGGCCCUCGUCCCCAUACCAGCCAGCAUAUCUAUUUACACACACCACGUCCAUGUGCUGAACCUUUAUUUAAAAUUUUCAAUGGGAUAUCUUUUAAUAAAAAAAAAAACUAAAAA